AUGUUCAAACAAAUUCAGCUGUCCUGCCUCGUCUGGCUCAUGGCCCUCGUGGCACUCUCUCUCGCCGCCGCCGGCUUACAAGACACCACCACCACCACCACCACCACCACCACAAGCAACGUCGUCCUCGACGUGACACCAAAACAGCUGCUUCGCCACCUGCAAUCACGGCAACAAUCCGUCGGCUCGGCCUGCUCCGACGAGGGCCAGUGGAACUGCAUGACCAGCUCCUGGCAGCGCUGCGCCGCCGGCCGCUGGAGCGUCACGAUGCCGUGCGCCAAGGGCACGACGUGCUACCCCGCGGGGCUCACGCACGACUUCCGCAUCCAGCACGACGGGAGCGUGAACGGCGGCGGGGAAUCGCCGACGACGAGCGUGGCGGGCAGCGUGGCGACGUGGCGCUGGGUUUCGAUGGCUGGGAUACUGGGGUUCGUGGUUGGGUGGUGCUUCUAA